AGCUGUCAAUCACCAAAUGAGGAAGACGCCGACAACAACCGCAUGACCUGAUCAACCGCGAGAGAGCUGCUAUGCAUUUCCGCAUGGUCGCACACGGCAGAGGUUCCAGUUGUACUAAAAUGAGGGUCUGCAUAAGUCGACACAACCUCACAUUCUGGGUAACGGCGGACCUCCUCACAUAACCUCAAGCGCACCCUCUCUUAGUGCGAUAUAUAUCUGCCUCCCCCCCCCUCGGCAGGUUGCCAUGGUCGCCAUACCUACUCUCUCUCUGCUAUUGGUCCUGGCAGAGUGGGCAGGUCUGGUGGACACCUCCCCCCACCUCCUGCUGCGGCCCAGCCCACGGGAGCGUGAUGCGGGGACGAUGAUGAACUUCAACAUUGCCGUGAUCCACGCCGGUGCGACGGUGCAAGCAGAGGCGGCGGUGGCGGGGCCUGGGGGAAGGGUGCUCUACCCUGGUUUCGGCCGGGUAUACGGCUCCCUGGGGGAGAGCGUGGUCACCCAGUGGGGCUCUGCUAAUGUCAUCUGGCUACAGGUGAAUGACAGUAGUCCUAAGACAGUGCUGUCCCAGCUGUGUGAGCUGCUGGCGGCGCGGCCCCUGCAAGGUCUGGUUUAUGAAGAAGAGAGGCCCCCUCGCACAGCGUGGGGUCCUCUGGCACCCAUGCUGGAGUUUGUCUCUGCGCAAACAGGACUGCCCAUUGUGGCUGUAGGAGGGGGAGCGGGGCUGGGGAGGAUGCCACAGGAAUCAGGUUCCAUCUUUCUCCAGUUCAGCUCCUCUACUGCCCUUCAGUUAGAGGUCAUAUUUGAGGUGCUGGAGGAGUACGACUGGACCGCCUUUUCCGUGGUGUCCACGCGUCACCAUGGCUACCAGGACUUCCUGUCUGUGGUGGAGGGCCUGACGGACGGCUCGUUCAUCGGCUGGGAGAAGAAGAGUGUGGUGAUCCUGAACGUGACCGACGACCCUGGGGGGGCACGCACGCGCAGGCUGCUGAAGGAGAACGAGGCGCAGGUACGCUUGCUGUACUGCUCCCAGGAGGAGGCAGAGCUGGUUUUCCGAGCCGCUUGGGCUGCUGGUCAGGCUGGCGCCUCGCACAUGUGGUUUGCUGUGGGGCCGGCUCUGUCAGGUUUGGGCAUGGAGAGCCUGCCCCGGGCUCUGUUUGCCGUCCGGCCUCAGGGUUGGAGGGAUGAACCUCGCCGGAGAAUUGCUCGGGGUGUGUCUGUGCUGACUCACGGUGCAGUGGCCAUGCGCAAGGAUUAUGGGACGACGGGUGGGCCGAAUUUUGUCACCAACUGCAUGACUGAUGCUAAUCAGACCCAGAGACUGCGAGGCAGGAUGAGGUAUUUCAGCAACAUCACACUUGGCGGUCGAGACUACUCCUUCAACGGUGAUGGUUACCUGUCAAACCCCUUCCUGGAUGUCAUCUCUUGGACCCCCGGGCGCGGCUGGGAAGAUGUAGGCUGGUGGGAGAAUGGCGUGCUGAGGCUGCGGUACCCAGCUUGGUCUCGCUAUGGGCCGUUCCUUAAACCACCUGACGAUGCCCAGCACCUGCGUGUUGUCACACUGGAGGAAAGGCCAUUCGUCAUCGUGGAACUGGCAGAUGCUGCAUCCGGGACCUGCAUCCGUGACUCAGUGCCCUGCAGACGACCCCUCAAUGCCAGUGCCGCCCAUGAGGGUGUGGUUCCCAUGAAGCAGUGCUGCAAAGGCUUCUGCAUCGACAUCCUCAAGAGAUUGGCCAAGAUUGUUGGCUUUACCUAUGACCUUUACUUAGUGACCAAUGGGAAACAUGGGAAGAAAAUCGAUGGGAUUUGGAAUGGCAUGAUUGGAGAGGUGGUAUACAAGCGAGCGGACAUGGCUAUCGGCUCACUGACUAUCAAUGAGGAGAGGUCAGAGGUUGUGGAUUUCUCAGUACCUUUUGUAGAGACGGGGAUCAGUGUCAUGGUCUCCCGUAGCAACGGAACUGUAUCACCGUCCGCUUUCUUAGAGCCUUACAGUCCAGCGGUGUGGGUGAUGAUGUUCGUCAUGUGCCUGACCGUUGUGGCUGUGACCGUCUUUAUUUUUGAGUUCUUCAGCCCUGUGGGCUACAACCGCAGUCUCCAGAAUGGCAAAAAGACUGGAGGUUCUACCUUCACUAUAGGGAAGUCUGUAUGGCUUUUGUGGGCCAUUGUCUUUAACAACUCUGUGCCAGUGGAGAACCCCAGAGGAACCACCAGCAAGAUCAUGGUGCUGAUCUGGGCCUUCUUCGCUGUUAUCUUUCUGGCCUCCUACACUGCAAACCUGGCUGCUUUCAUGAUCCAGGAGGAGUACAUUGACACCGUGUCAGGCCUCUCGGACAAGAAGUUUCAGCAUCCCGAGGAGCAGUACCCACCUCUGAAGUUUGGAACAGUGCCCAACGGAAGCACGGAGAAAAACAUCCGCUCCAACUACCCAGAUAUGCAUCAGUACAUGGGCAAAUACAACCAGAGAGGAGUGGAGGACGCCAUUCUCAACCUCAAGACCGGAAAACUGGAUGCUUUUAUUUAUGAUGCUGCAGUAUUGAACUAUAUGGCCAGGAAGGACGAAGGUUGUAAGGUGAUGACCAUAGGCUCGGGGAAGGUUUUUGCCACCACAGGCUACGGUAUCGCCCUGCACAAAAACUCACGCUGGAAACGUCCUCUUGACCUGGCCCUGCUGCAGCUGGUGGGAGAUGAUGAGAUUGAGAUGCUGGAGCGCCUCUGGCUGUCUGGUAUUUGCCACAAUGACAAAAUUGAGGUGAUGAGCAGUAAACUGGACAUCGACAACAUGGCGGGUGUCUUCUACAUGCUGCUGGUGGCUAUGGGUCUCAGUCUGCUGGUGUUUGCCUGGGAACACUUGGUCUACUGGAAACUCCGUCACUGCAUGGCCACCAGUUCUGGCAAACUGGACUUUCUCCUUGCGAUCAGCAGGGGCAUGUAUAGCUGUUGUAGCUUUGAGGAUGAAACAGCACCAGGUGGAUCUAAAUCUUUGCCUUCUCAUCACCAUGCUGCAAUGGUUACGGUCCCAUCCCAGCCACAUGUUGUCUCUACGUCUAUGACCGCCCCAGCUAUUGCCAUGACGCAACAACAGCAACAGCAGCCACCGCAGAGUGUCUACAAAACACCUCUACCAGGCUCUCCUCCCACCGUGGUGCAUUCUGGGACAGCAUUGGGUCCCUCCAACACCCCCAUUGCUGGCGCACCCCUGCCUUGCACCACCUUCCUGCCGCGGCCAGACCGUAGGCUGGCUGUGGUGGAUCGCUGGAGGCUGCCUAAAUCUGCCACAGCUACCAACCCUAUGGCUGGAAGGUGGCCCGUCACUGACAUGGGACCUUUUGCUCAGAAGGUCCCCCCAAAUUGGGCUUCAACUGCUGGAGGGGGUGGGGGACUUGAUGGCUAUAAGAGAUACUAUGGUCCCAUUGACCCUGAGGGACUGGGGCCCUGCAUGGAGCAACAAGCAGGGUCCCAGACCCCCAAGACUAUGCCAAGGGGCCACCCCCAGCCACCUCCAGCCAGUGUGGCUUUUUACUCAGAAAAGGGCAUUGACCAUGGGGUGGGGAAGAAGGUGGUGGGAGGUGGCAGUGGAGGUCAGGGGAAAGGGGCCGUUAAAUCUCUGGGUACACCCAGAAUGCCUCCUAAGAGUCAGGCCCCUCUGCCUCCUACACCCCCCCUGCCACAUCCCUCUCCCCCUCUCCCCUCAUCCUUCUGGAGGAAACGCAGACCCAAGAAGCCCAAAGAAUCUGGAGGGCCACUAUAUGAGAACAUUUUGCCCCUGGGGCGGAGGGGAGGAGCACGAGAUGGAGUGAGAGAGGGAGGAGGGAGGAGGGCACGCCCCCUCUCUCCACCGCUCUCACUUCCUGUGCCAGUGCCCCUCAGCCCCUCCUACACCCCUCCGUCUCCGUCUGCAUCCUUGCACUAUACGUCUUCAUCUUCUUCGUCAACCACAUCAUCCACAUCCACAUCGUCAUCUGCCUCGUCUUCUCGCUCCACCUCUCCCACCUACUCUUACAGCUCCUCCAGGAGCACACGAGACAGAACUGGAGGAAUAGAUGGAGAGGAUGACGACGAUGAGGAGGAGCUGACAGAAGAGUCAAGCCUCCUCCUCGGAAGGGGCAGGGAAAGGGAACGUUCAAUCAUUCGGCCUCGUUCCUUCAGCCAUGGGCGCCUGCCACCACCCAUUCCCCCCAGGAAACCUCGUACAUCCUGGGGGGACAGAGAACGAGAAAGGGGGGGAAGCCAACUGUCACAGCUUCAAGAGUGGUGGGCAAGCUGGAGUGAGAGAGAGAGGAGUGGAGCGGGUGGAGAUACAGAGAGGCAAAAAAGAGAGAAGAAAAGGAGAAAAGAGAAGGAGAAAGAGAAGAAGAAAAAGAAAAAGAACAAAAAGAGGAAAAAGAGGGAAGAACGAGAAAGAGAGCGUGAGAGAGAAAGGAAGAGACGGAAGGUGAAAAAGAAGAAAAAGAAGGCACUGAAGACAAAGAAAAGAAGGAAAUCAACUGGUGGGAAACGUUCAGAGCCAGAGGAGGGAGACGUAGAACCAGAGAGGGAAGGAGAUGUAGAAGGAGAGAGAGAAGGAGAAAUACAAGACUACCCCUCGUUCUCUGCUCAGUAUCGGAGUGCAUUUGGGGAAAAGGGGCGGGAUUCCUGGGAAGGAGAGAGGGAAAGAGGCAGGAGAGAAGGGGGAGAUGAGGGCAAUGACAGGGAAGAGGAAGAUAGUGGCAGAAGCAGAGAGAGGCAUUCCAAAUCCUCACACUCCCAUUCCAGACAUCGUACCCCCAGUAAGCGCUAUCCUAACCUUAACAAACUCCCAGCUUCAGUCAAAUUUUGGGUUAAUGGAAGAGGAGGUGACUCCAAUACCCCUCCAACAUCCUUCCACCCAUUGCUUCCAUCCUCCAAGCGCAGAAGAAGUGGGGGGAUGGACAGAGAUGAUAGUGGAAGAGUUGGGGAGCGGCGUCCUUUGUUGAUGCAUUAUGAAAAAGAGAAAGCACAGACAAGAGAGGGCCUGUCCUUCCAUGAGUGGGACUCUGAGGAUGAAGAAGACGAUGAUGAGGAGGAAGAGGAAGAAAGGGAGAGACUGAGGGAUCGGGGGGACAGAAGAAGGAGGGCAGGUAGGGGGGCGAUGUCUGAGUCAGAAAGGGACAGAGCCAGAGUUGAAGACAGUUACUCAGAUGAUGGAUCGUCAGGGGAGUUUGGCCGUUUUGAAAGAUACUGGGAGGGAGGUGGGGUGGGUAGUGGCACUGGAAUAGGAGGUAUAGGUGGAGGAGGCUGGUUCUUUGGCACCUACCCCUCCAGAGAGAAAGGGGGCAGUAUCAAUAGUCGGGAUGAUUCUUUACUGGGUACACGAGCAGAGGGAUGGUUCGGUGCUGAUUUCUGGGGUUCAGGGCCAGGUGCAGGAUGGGGAUCAGAGGGAGGGCUUGGAGGGUCAGGAUCACAGUGGCCACUACCCCCCACAGCCUUUCCUCCUCCUAGAAGAUACUGGUCAAUGGAUAAGAUUCCUGUAAAGGGAGAGAAGAAAUGGAAGAGUGGAGGAGGGAAGAGCAAAGGGAGAGCUAGGGACAGAGGGGAGGAUACAGGACGGGCCACCAUGUGUUCCUGUAACCUUUAUCCCCAACCCCAUCCUUACCCACAUCCCCACAGUCGCUCACACACUUCCCACUCCAAGAGAGAAACCACAAUGCUUUCCCGUAGCCAGGAAGAGCUUCUCCCGCACUGCCACAGCUUCAGCGGAAGCUCUCGCCCCAAACCUCUGCCUCCAAAACCAGAUCAGGCCAAAUCUGGCAGCCAAUCUAACCUCAGCCUCAGCACACAGCCCACAGACCAUCCGCCUCAACCUUCACCGUCGUCACCCCAGCAGUCGUCCAUGUCUCCCACCUCCCUCCCGAUGCCCAUUCCGCCUCCGCCCUCCUCAUCCUCUGUCUCACCACCAGCAGGGGUAGGGAUGGCCGGCCAGGCUCAGGCCUCGGCCAGUGCCAAACUCCAAUAUCAGAGACUGCGCUCCGUGCCACAACCGCGGAGGUUCUACUCCCCCCACCUGCCACUCAAAGCCAAGAGCCUUUGCUCACGCCGAGGGUCGGCCCAUUUCUCCAGCCUCGAGAGUGAGGUAUGACAGGGGGAGAGGAGAGAGGGAGACGUGGGAGCAAGCACCUCUGCUACUGAGAACCAUGGUGCCAUGGUAGCUGCAGCCAGGGAAGACACAAGAGACACAGCUGCCUUGGUGACCAUUGGUAAUCAAUUAGCAACCAUCACUGCGGGAACUAAUAUGGAUAGUAGCUGCAUUGCUAACACUACUUUGUGUGAGAGCAACGCUACCGCCACCCGCUCCAUUGUCCGCGUUCUGGUGAAGGCGACAGUGAGACACCACACCAGGUUGAGCUAUAUCCGUUUGGAUAGUUCCCGUGAUGACGAGAGUGAAGGCGAGGCUGUAUCACCGAGGACUGCAGCCCCAGAACUUCUCCUCCGCUCAGAACUGAGCUUUGUGAUGUCAUCUUCGGUUCUCCUCCCCUCCCCGAGUCACAACUAGGGAUUAAUAGUAGCCUCCAAUCUGUGAGUAAUGAUGUCAUAUUUGUGCACACAAGCCCACAACUUCCAGGAGCAGAUACACACAUACGAACAGAUAUGAGCUCAAAACGUCUCCCUCCCUCUGGCUUUGAGAACACUCCUUGGUGGGAUGUGGAGAGACCCACCCUCUCCCAGAAAAUGCCAUGGUUUGGUCUGUAGACUCUGCCUCCCUUGUCCUCAUUGGCUAUUGGCUUUUGAACUGGAUUAGUGGACUGCUUCUUCGUGUCAGAGAGACUGUCCCUCUUCUUCCCUUUCGUAAAUCAGUUGAUAUAAAAAGCAAUGCAGUCACCUCUCCCUCACCCCCUGUUUGCCUGAAAACCUCUCACUGGGCAGUCAGGACAGUGCUAUUUAUUUGACCUCAUGACACCAACAGACCCAUCUAGCUCUGCCCCAGGACCAUCUAUGUGAUGUCAUGUUUUACUAGAAACUCUUUUAACCAGUCAGAUUGAACAGGAAUCACUUCUUCUACCUGUUGGAGAUUGUCGUGUAUUUGAACAACAACACUGAACUUUCAAAAAGAGGAAACAACAAUAAGAACAAAAAAAAAAAAAGACAUGUAGCAGAUUUUUCUUUGUCUGUCUUUUCUUUCCUACUCAGACUUUUCUCCCCAUUCCCUCUUUUUUAUUCUAUCAAUAUAUUUCUCUCACUGUGUUAGUGUUUUUAAUAAGGAGCAGCCUGGAUGUGGCUAGUGUUGGAAGUGGGAAUGAUAGCAGUGCCAAAUUUCCACACAAAAGCUUUUAAGCAAGAUUGGUUUUCCAGCAAUUUGUUUUCAUAUUAUAAAGCCCCGUCUUUUCUUUCCAUGUGUGAGCCACACAUAAUUCACCAUCAUGUAAAUGAAUCAAGGUGAUGAUUGGUGCAAUAUCUGUAAUUGGCACUAGAUGGCUGCAUAAUAUUCAAAUAAGCCUUGGAGUCAAUUGUGCAAGAGGCUUCUGGUGAGUUUAAUAAUUGCAGCUAUAUGAUACGGAGAAGGGGUGGGAAGCUCUGAACUAUUACUUUUAUGAAAGUAGCCAGUCAUGAUUUAUUCAGAGGAAGUAAGGCGACGUGAAACCAAGUGCAGUGCAUUGUAAAACUCUCUUAGGUUAUUAUUGUAUUAUGCUACUUUAUUGUAUCUUUGCAGAGUUUCUAGAAGAUGGAUUAUAAGAAGCACAAUUCCUCAUUGCAUUUUUCCAGACUUGUGUGCCACAUUUGUAACUGCACAAGCUACAUUUUACUGAUAUAUUUAAAAGAAACAAAACAAAUGUGAUGUUAACUCGACAAUAAAAUUCUCUGUAACCAAUGUCCAAGUAUCAAAGUACCACAGACGCUAGUGCUGGUCUUUGACUAUUUCCUUUUGAUUACAUAAGACUGAACAAUAUACUGUGAAUGUUCUGGAUUCCAGUUUGAGGUGCACACAUAAUAGCUGAGACUUCAUUGAAUGCAGUCAGUAAUAACUCCUGUUAUCAUGGUGACUGUUUGACUUUGAGCAAUAUUCCCAUCUUUAAUGUGACAGGGAUGCAAUGGCACAUCUGUUUGCACCCGAGACGUUUUAAUUGUUUUUCCUUCUAUUUUAAAUAAGGUCAUUUAUUUCAGCCAGAGUUAGAUGAUCCACAGCAUCAAUUGUUUUCUUACAGGUAGAUUAGGUUUCAUCUAAUUAAGUUAGAUGUGAUUGUAACAAUAGGUUGUAGUCCACAGCACCUGGAUCCGGCUGACAAAUACAAAUACGAAAUGCUACGAGUUCGACAGAGUGUAGUGAACUGUAGCACUGUGCGAGCUGUGCCAAAAGCCAUCUACUCAAUAAAGGUGCCAAUGUUGUCAGCAUUGAAAUGCGUACACCCUCUGUUGUUUUCAUGAGGUCAACAUAUCCCACUCAUCUCUCACACUAAGACCAGCCACAGCCCAGCUCUUCUUAUUGUAGUUGAAUGUAGCUUUGACAUGAUGUAGCAAAAGAACACCUACUUUUAGACUUUGUAGCUUUUUGGAUGCUGUCCAUAGUGGCGAGGAGGACUGGGGUGGAGGGGAGGGUUGUCCUGACACGUGAGGGACUGUGCGUUGUGUUUGUGCAUGUUGUCACAGAUCGAAGGGUUAGUCGACCUUCUCAGUUCCCCCCUUUUAACUCUUUUUGCCUUUCAGUGAGAGCGGACUGUACCUUUUAUCUGCACAUGUAUUGCUUUUUCUAAGUCUGUGUGGGGCAAUUUUUUUAAAAACAAUCUGUCUUUGUUUUGGGGUUUAUUUGGGGAAAAAGAUGCGUUUGCCAUUCUAACCCAGAAUCAUUUGCAUGUUUAGCUGAAUGACAUCUCAAAGAUUUGUGGCAGGAGGGUUGUGUAGUUGAAUUAGGGCAGCCACCUUUCAGUGAGGCAGUGAGUUUGCUCUGCUCUGCGCCCCAACAGUGGAAACAACAACGGCGACAGUUCGACUGCUUCCUGUGUCGUAGAACAUAAUCAUUUUCAACCAAUCGACAGGGCUUUAACCUGGUAUGUCAUUGAGCAUCAUUGAUUUCUAUUGAGGCGCUAAUACUUAAGUCUGUGACUGCAUGAACAGAAGUGACUCUUAAAAACCCUCUGGCUUAUUUUGUUUGAUUUAUUUUCUUUUUUUGCUGAGAAAAAAAAAAAAAGAAUAUAUUAAAAUAUACUAUGUUUCUGAGAAUGUACCAUGUUAUACUGUGAUUUACCUGAGAUAUUUUAUUGUAUUCGAUUAUCAUUUAAAUUAUAUCAUUUAUCUAUAAAGAAAUAUAUAUGUACAAAUGAAUAUAUACAUAUAUAUACAUACAGGUAUAUAUAUAUAUAUUAGUUAAGUUUGGUAUAUUUGGAGGAAGUGUUAGAUGAAAUAGUUUUAAAUGUUUUAGCUUUGUAGCGAUUCUAGACACUGAAAUCAUUUUUGAAUUUCGAUUCCUCCUAUAUGACUGUGAAGACAUUAGUGCCUGUGACAAAAAAGACAAGUAAAAGUCUAAACUCUAUUCAUCUAUAUCUACUAUAGCUAUCAGUCUGUCACUCCUCUCGUACUACCUAACAUUCUUUUGUGACACCCGCUGCUUUGACACAUCAGUAUGUUUCUCUUUUGCUUUCUCCUGCUCUCCUCCACUGCAGUUCCUUCUCUUGUUCAGUGGAAGACAUUAUUGUUUGGAAAACAUUCACCACCUCCUCUCUUUUUUAAACCUCCACUUUGUUGAUUAACACAUCCAUUCACCUUUUCUUUCUUUUUGAACCUUUCUCCCUUUUAAGUGAGCUCAUUCUUCCAUCUUUCACUUAGCAAAAAACAGAGACCAGUAGAUACUGUGUUCUUGCUCCUUUUGACUGAUUGUUGAUGAUGAUGAUGAUGAUGAUGAUGAUGCUGAUGAUCAAUUAAUUGACUGAUGAAAUAAUUAAUGAACAAUGUUACUAUUACUGAUGUGACUGAAGUGUGUAUCUGACGACCACGCCACUGUAGCAAGUCUGGGCUGUACUACACCACCAACGAGCAAAUGAGGCCACAGUUGCUAUGGCGUUGCCAUGACAUUUUCAUGGCGUUGCCAUGGUGUCCUCUGCACCGCCACCACCUGGUGCCUGCUGGGUAAUAUAGCAUAAUGUCCUUCACUUUCCCCAAAGCACUGGUCAAAGAUCUGCUCUGCGCCUGUCUGCUCGCUCAGUCCAGAACUUAAUCAAUGGGAGUUGAAAUAUUUAAAAGCUGACUUUGGUAGAGUGCUGAGGGGCAGCAAGGUGGCCAUGUGUCUGCUGUCUGCUAAUCUAGACUGGACUGGUUUGGCUUGAAGUGCAUAUGAUAAAGUGCUGAUAUCACGUUGAUCGCCCGAUCUUUAACAUCAUCACUUUGCACUGCACUGCAUGUUUUCCCAAAAGCUUCAUAUCACUGACAGCCUGAAACCAGUCAAGGGGAGAGUAUAAGUGUAUCUCUGCCUCGACGCUGCACAUUUCUGAUAUUGAAUGUGUGUUAUGUGGAGGGGGUGCAUGUCAUGUAUGUGUAUCGCAUGUUCACUAAUCAUGUCUCCAGUCCACAGCAGCAUGAGUCUGUAAUGUUCUCCUUUACUCUCCCUGUGUUUUCCUUGCGCGGUGCAUGGAUAUUUAACACACCAAGUGUACAUCAUUCAGCCAAUGAUCCUCAUCUUCCUCUAGCCCUCACUAAGCUGCAAUGGAAAGCUUUGCCUCAAGUUGUCUGAUUAUACCACACAGGCACACGUGUGCCUUCACAAACGCACACACACUGUGAGUCUUUUGUGUAAAACUUCGCUCAGAGAUUUGGUUACCUGAAGAAUGAAACACAUUCAUAGUGACAGUUCCACUUGUUCUGAUCGAUCAGUUUGCUGUAUGGUCCUGCACUCUGCUUUGCACUGUCCUGCCUGUUUUGAUCCAUCACUUCCUCCUCAGAAUAGUCCGGUUCGAUUUGUUUCACUUUGCUGAAUUGCUCCUCUUUUGAUUUACUUUGUUGUCCUCAUUCGCUUUGAUUGAUCAGAUGUUCUGUUUUGGUCCGACUGUAUGCAUUAAACAGUCCAGUCCAGCCUAGUGCAGUGUGCGCCAGGCUAGUCUAGUGCCCGAGUUUGGAAGAGAUCCUGGUGCAGCAUCAAGCUCACCUCUCUAUUGUCCCAUGACCGGGGAAGCAAUAUGUGUGGCGCUCCAGAAUUCAAACAGGGUCCUCAUUGGCUGCUUUGGCCAUGAAUUAUAUCAAGGAAAUACAGGAGUGCCACACAUUGUACUCACCAGGUCUGGGGUCUGCAUGUUGCACUAUAAAACGCUUGUUCAACCACAGUGACAGGGCACGUAUACCCACAGGAACCAGUGUGUGUGUGUGUGUGUGUUUGUUUUCAGUAUCGUUCAAGGCCCAGUUCUGCUCUAGUAACCUGCCAACAUACAGGCCUACUUACAGGCUGCUAAGGCAGGUUGCUAGUGGGGUGAUGUUGCUCCUAGCCCAGACUGGUCUGGUCUAUGCCCUAAUUUAACUGUGUUAGUUUAUUUGACAUUGUCUGUCUGGGGUGGGGCUGGAGGGUCAGUGCUGCACUUACUUCCUGAGAAUUGCUUCAUAAAAUAUGAUUCUCUUUAAUUAA